AUGGCCGGCCUACAGUUCGCCACGUUCAACUCUCUCAUUGAGAUGCCCUUCUACACGGCGCUUUUUGCCUCGAAGCUCGACCAUGACAAGCUGGACGACUCGGCUCGCUCUGUGCUCGGCCUCUACGAGCCCCGGGGCGAGAAGGAUCCGGGUCUGAGCUCCCAGAUGCAGAUUCUCGGUGGAGCGCUGACCAGCAACCAGACGCCCGCUGGCAUGAUUCGCGCAGAGGGCAUCAUCAAGAACUUCAACACGGUUGAGGACUUCAAGCAAGCUGACAAGGCAGCCAUGCUUCAUACUGCGGCUAGACAGAAAUACCGGUUCACGUACUGGUUUGCGUUUCCCGCACUGCAUUCAGAUCCACAGUGGAAAAGGGUUGGCGAUAUCGAGCAUUUAGGACGGGAGGAAACCACCCUUCUCGUCGACAAGGUUGGUACGUGGCGCUAUGCAACAGACAACCGGCAGCACGGCUUCUUUCUUGCCAAGCGUGUGCGGAUCGACAGCGCAGGCGGCGACAAAGAGGAGGCAAGAAAUGCUUACCUCCACGCCGAUGAAAUUGCUUUGGGCUUCCAGUGGGUAGUAGGCUCGCUACGCGAUUUCGAGUCGGGCUUCUUUAAUGGCGUGGACGAGGAGGAUCAACUGAUCUCGUUUGUCGACCCGUCUACCUAUCCAGAGAAUCCGUCGUGGCCGUUGCGCAAUCUCCUGGUGCUGGUGCGUCAGCGCUAUCACCUGCGCAAGGCGCGGAUUCUCUGCUACCGCGACACGCAAGGGCGGCGAGACGACCCGCGCAGUGUGAUUCUUCCUGUGGCGAUGGAUGAGGCAUCCAGCAGGGAGACGACUGAUCUGCCAAAGGUCACUGGCUGGGAGCGCAAUGUCAAUGGAAAGCUGCAGGCACGCAUGGUCAAUCUGGCAGAUUACAUGGACCCAACACGGCUCGCAGACCAGGCUGUGGAUCUGAACCUGAAGUUGAUGAAGUGGCGCAUCUCACCGAACCUUGAUCUGGACAGCAUCAAGGACGUAUCGUGUCUAUUGCUCGGGGCAGGGACGCUGGGAAGCUACGUUUCCCGGAACCUGAUGGGCUGGGGUGUCCGGCGCAUAACGUUUGUCGACUACGGAUCCGUGUCGUUUUCAAACCCUGUACGCCAGCCGCUCUUUGAGUUCAAGGACUGUCUCCACGGCGGUGCACCCAAGGCGACGCGUGCGGCGGAGUCGCUGAAGCAGAUUUAUCCGGGGGUCGAGUCGGCCGGUUAUGUCCUUUCUGUUCCAAUGCUCGGUCACCCGGUGUUGGACGAGGAGAAGACGCGGGCUGACUUUGAGAAGCUGGAGGAGCUGAUUGACAAGCAUGAUGUUAUUUUCCUGCUUAUGGACACGCGCGAGUCACGAUGGCUCCCGACCAUAAUAGCCAAGGCGAAGGGAAAGAUCGUUAUGAAUGCAGCUCUUGGUUUCGACACAUAUGUUGUCAUGCGCCACGGUCCGGCACCUGCCAAAGGCUUCGAGGAUACGCUUGGCUGCUACUUCUGCAAUGACGUUGUCGCCCCAGCAGAUUCUGUCAAAGACCAGACCUUGGAUCAGCAGUGCACGGUCACGCGGCCCGGCGUGGCUGCUAUUGCAUCGGCACUGCUCGUGGAGCUGUUGACAAGCGUAUUGCAGCACCCAUUACGGCACUAUGCACCGGCACCCAAGCCCUUAAGCCGGCCAGGGAACUCGGUGGCGACGUACGAGCGAGACCCGGAGAGCCAUCCUCUAGGUCUGGUGCCACAUCAGAUUCGAGGCUUCCUGGCCAACUUUCAGAACAUGCUCAUCCAGGGCCCGGCGUACCCGCAUUGCAGUGCGUGCAGUGCGCAGAUUCUGAAUGCCUACCGGCAAGAAGGCUGGGAUUUUGUGAAAAAGGCGCUGGGCGACCGCGAGUAUGUGACGGAGCUGUCUGGUCUGGCCGAGAUUCAGCGGCAGGCCGAGGCGGUGGCGGAGCAGCUCGACUUCAGCGACGAUGGAGACGAUGACGGCGAUGACGGCGAGGCCGUGAUGCUUUAA